AUGGCUUCCAAGCGAACAAGAAAACCGAACUUCUCGGUUACUGAACUUUCAGCUUUAGUAGAAGGUGUGAUGAACAGUAGAGAAAUAAUAUUAGGUAAAUUCUCUGACACAGUAUCCAAUGAGAAAAAAAAGAGAGAAUGGGUUAUUAUAACCAAAGCAGUGAAUGCAGUAAGCAGCAAUGUAAGAACAACAGACGAUGUCAGGAAGAAGUGGCAAGAUUGGGCAAGUGUUGUUAAAGGGAAAGAAGCUAAACUGAAGAGAGAAAGAGCCAAAACAGGUGGUGGAACAAUUGACGGAAAUGAACUGAGUGAACUUGAGCAGAAAGUGAUCGAGGUGUUAGGAGUAACAGCAGUCCACGGCAUCAGUGGCGACAUCACUGACACAUUCGAUGUACAGAGGUUGGUAAAAUGUUGA